GAAUCGCGGAUGGAGCUGGAGAUUGCGCUCGAGGCGGAUAUGGAAGAACAUCCCUUCACAGUGAAUGGAAUUAGGGUUUAUCACCAAACGCGUUUUGUCCUUUUAGUAGAGAGCCGUCUAGGGUUUGAUCGAGGAUUUUUGGGAUCGCGAUCGGCAUCGGCGAGCGCGAGCUCUUCCCCUCUCCAUCAGAGCGUCGUGCUGCUCCAGGCGCUGCGAUUCCGGUGGUAUUUCCUCUUCCCCGAGCUAGAUUUCCUCCGAAAUUUCUGCUUUACAAGCUCAGAGAUGGAGGAUUGCUGCGCUGUGUGUGCCGAGCCGCUGGAGUGGAUCGCCUACGGCGGUUGCGGCCACCGGGAAGUGUGCGCUACAUGCACCGCUAGGCUGAGGGUCGUGCUCGAUGAUAAGCGCUGUUGCAUAUGCAAACAGGAGUGUCCAUUCGUCUUCGUCACAAAGGCUCUCGGGGACUAUACCAAAGUGGUGUCGGACUUUAGCUCCUUGUCCACUGGCCACCAAAGUGGCAACCUUUGGUUCGAGGCGGACAUUGGGGCUUACUUUGACGACGAGGAUGAAUACAAGAGGAUCAAAGCUAUGUGCCGCCUCCAGUGCAAAGUUUGCGAGGCUGCCACUGCCGCUACUCCUCCUGUCAAUGGAGCUGUUCGAGCUGGCCACGUCUUUAGAAACCUGGAUACUCUUCGACGCCACAUCUUCUCGGCGCACAGGCUCAUCAUGUGUUCGCUGUGCUUGGAAGGCCGUAAGGUGUUCAUUCAGGAUCAAAAGCUGUAUACCAAGCCACAGCUCGAGCGCCAUUCUUCUAGAGGAGAUUCUGUCGUGGAUGGGAAUGAGGAGGAGCGAGGUGGCUUCACGGGCCAUCCUAUGUGUGCCUUUUGUACCAGGAGGUUUUAUAGUGACAACGAGCUCUACCACCACAUGUCCACGGAACAUUUUACGUGCCAUCUUUGCCAGAGGUUGAGGCCUGGACAAUUUGAUUAUUAUGAAAACUACGACGACUUGGAGAGUCACUUUCGGAAUGAGCAUGCUCUUUGCGAAGAUCCUGACUGCCUUGCGAAAAAGUUUGUUGUGUUUGCUUCCGAGCAAGAAUUGAAGGUUCACAAUGCCAAAGAGCAUGGAGGGAGUCUGACGCGUGCUCAGCGAAACGCAGCGCUGAAGAUUCCUGUUAGUUAUCAGUUUCGACGUUCUCCAGGCCAACAAGCUUCAGAGCGUGGAAGAAGCUCGUACUAUAGAGGCAACCGAGGGAAUGACUUGAAUGCCGAACUCUUGUCUUCGCCUCCCAGGGAGACCGUUGUCCCGCUCGCAUCCGAAGACACUGAUACCUCCGCUGUGGCAAACAACCCCGCGCACUUCCCCGCGCUUGCUCCAUCCGAAAGUGUUGCAGCAAGCGCAAGCACUAGAGAGAACACCGACAGCGCGAGGUGGUAUCGUACUGCGUUACACGGCGGAGGCCGCUCAUCUCUCAACGAGUCGGCGUUUCCGCCAUUACCUGGAGCAGCUCAGCCGCAGCAUUCUCGGCAGCAGAGCCAGCGUCCGUUGGCUUCGCUCAUCGCGGCCGGAGGGGCCGGUGGAAAGAAAGUCAAGGUUCUCAAUGCAAAGCAGCGAGCUGUUCCCGAGACUCGCCCCCCCGAAAGUCGAGCGAUCAUCACUCUAAAUCCUUCCGAGUAUCCGGAGCUGCAAGCCGGCCACUCGAGUAGUGCUCUCGCUGGGCGCGGACCUCCACUGGGUGGCCCCGGCGCUGGCGCCGGAGGUGGUGGAGGUGGACCUUCUCACUCGAGCAGCAGCAGUGCCGUGGUACGUCCUGCCAGUGCCGACGUCGUCCAGUUGAGCAUGGACGAGAUACGAGCUGCAACAAAAGUCUUGAUAGAGGAGAUACGAUCCCACUUGAAAGGCAAUGAAGACGAGUUCGCAAAGUUCAAGGAGGUACACUCGCAGUUUCGAAGCGGGGAACUGAGCGCCAAGUCAUACUACGAUCAGGUGGCGAAGCUCGGCUUGUCAAACAUUCUUCCGGAGCUGGCUCGACUGUGUCCGGACCGAAGGAAGCAGGAGGAGCUGCUGGACGUGAUGAAACAAGUCAGAGCAGCAGCAGCAGCAGCAGCAGCAGCAGAGAAACCAAGGAAUGGAUACAGGGACCCGAGCGGCGACGGCGCAGCCAGACGAAGAGAAAAGCAGGCAGCAGUGGAGGAGGACGUGGAAGUUCUUUCCACGGACGGCUACCGUAGAAAGGGAGGGAGUGGGACAAGUUCGUCAUUCCUGGCGUUACCUUCGUCGUUCCCUUCGUUGUCAUCGUCGUCGUCGCCGUCACUCUCGGUGCUGUACAAAGCCAAAGCCGAAGCUCCUCCCGGUACGUCGGAUUGGAGCUGCGAGACGUGCACGCUGGUAAACCCGUGGAGCAGCGUCCACUGCGCUGCUUGCGGAGCUGGGAAGCCGCUCCAUCAGCCGGGUGGAAACAGCAGCAGCGGUAACGAUGUGAUCAAAGAGGCUGUGGAUACGAAGAAGAAGAAGAAGGUGCCAAAGUUUCUCAGGAACAGGCUUGGCUCAGACGUGGAGGAGGAAGAGACCAGUGCUACUAGUGCUGUGGAAGAAGUACCGGCUGGUGCUACUACUGCUAGUACGACUCGUGGGGCGUGGAGAAACGGUGGUGGCCAUCGCUUGCUAGCUGUGACAUCAUCCUCGUCACAGAGUAAUCAGGUUGGGUGAGCAUUUCUCUUGGUUUUUCUUUUGUUGGCAUCUCUUUUUCUUCUAAUGCCACACAGAGAGAAAUGAGGACGAGGGAAAAAAGAGCAAAGAAAGAGGAACCAGACAGAGCAGGCUUUUUGAAGGAUCAAAUUCAUGCUAGCUAAAGUUCUAAAGUUCCAUUGGAUGGAUUAUGGAUUGCUCGUGCUUUUUUUUGGGAGAUGAAGAGAGGAGGUGGACAACGGCUGUAGGCGGAAUAAAAUGUUAGGAUGGGAGGAGAUUUGAGAGAUCGAUGGGAUUCUAAGGUGGAAGCUUUUCCUUUUCUAAAAGUUGAUUGAUAGUA